AACAUACUGAGCCACGGAGACUGGUACCAGUUAUCCAAGCCUCAUCAAUCAUUAACCCUCCCGACUUUUGACAUAUUUUACUAAUGAAAUUUUAUUGGGAAGAAGGCAAGCCUAUACAAGAAAUACAAGUUCAGUUGUGAGAUCCCAACCAGAAGAAAAUCAUCAAAAUAGACUACACAAAAAAAAAACCCAGAUAUACACGUGGCUAAGGAUGACAUUUACCAUGGCUAUGAUCCCUAUCCUAGCUGUUCUAGUCUUUACUGUAACAGGUUCCAAAAAAGCUCUGGAUGACUUCAGGACACUUAUUUUGGUGUGGUCUGAUAGCUUUAAUAUCUGUAGAACACACUACACUGAUCUUGUCACUCUAUAUGACAAGACGGAUGAAGAGCAAUGCCAUUUAUUAUUAGAAGGAGAUGGUAUAGCUUUCAUUGGUCUCAAAGGUCCUUCAAAUUCAUUUAAAUGGUCAAAUGGUGAUCCUGUUAUUUACAAAAGAAACCUUAAGGAAAUCAAUAAAAACACGUGUGUUGCCAUGAAGGCAGAUGGGGACUGGGAGCCUUUACGAUGCACCCAAGAGAGAACAUUCAUCUGUUACAGUGAUGGUAGUUCCUCUACACUGAUUGAUGAAAAAAAGAGUUGGUAUGAGGCUCAGAAGUUUUGCAGAGAUAAAUACACUGACUUGGUAAGCAUCACAGAUGAAGAGCAGAACAAAGCUGUACAUGCUAUAAAACAGAAACACCCAAACAAUUCCUGGAUUGGUUUGAAAUGGGACGGCUGGGAGUGGGCUGAUGGAGGACUGUCAGGAUAUAGGAACUGGAGCAGUGAAGCUGACUUCAGUAAACAAGACCACACUGCAGUGACAAUUUCACUUUCUAAUAAGUGGAUGCCAGCAACUAAAACGACAGAGGUCCCAUUCAUCUGCUACAAAGACCACAUCCAUAUCAGUAACAUAAGCAUGACCUGGGAGGGGUCUCUGGAAUACUGUCGGAGAUUCAACGGCUCUUUCUGCAUUCUGUCACCAAAAAAGCAACUGGCCGCUAAGAGGUUGAUGAGAAGGCUCCAGAUCACAGAACCGGUGUGGGUGGGCCUGCAGCAGAGCAGCUUCCUGGGGAUCUGGGUCUGGACCACUGGAGAGACUCUGGCCUGGAACAACUGGAAGGGUGGGCAGGUGCCCCAGCUGCCCCUCUCCCAUCACUGUGGUGCCCUGACGCCCGAGAAGGAUGAUUUCAAGUGGGCUGACAUGAACUGCAUGAUCAAGCAGCGGGCUCUUUGUUACGAUUGGGUCGUUAAUGAACCGCCCUCAGCUGCUUGAGUGAAGAGUAUGUUAGAUAUUCCACUGGGAGUUAUUAGUGUGCAGAGAUGUGUGUAGAAUGUAAAUAAUAAUAAUAAUAUGAAGAGUUCUGAGUAAUACCUUCUAAACGGCACCAACAAUGAGAUAACAAUGGUGAGUAGCCUAAACGCUCUCCAAACAUAGCAUCCGUUAAUCAAAUAAUUUAGCCUCAAAACACGCUAAGUACCACUCUCUUCCUGUUGUGAAAUAUCGAUUUGUAUGCAAAAACCUAUAGGAACCUGAUAUAAAAAAAUGCUCAUUUAAAAGAAAAGUGGUCAGAUGGAUUUAGAGGGUUUUGCAUCUGAACUCUAGCCUGGCAAGCCAAACUAUACAGAAAUGUAUAGUCUGGGGUCGGACCAUUCACAGAGCUGAAGCCUGUGGGUGGGAUGAACAGUUGUCUUUCAAACUGCCUCUGCACGUAAUAGGCCAGCAUUUGUGACCAAUCAUAGCCGGUCGGCAAAACGGGAAAUACUGUACAUCCUUUUUUAAAACGAAUGACUUGAGUGCUUCUUUCUGCUCAAACUUAAAAGAAAAGCCCAAGUCUAACUCUUUAAAGCCGAUUCAAACGAGCGUGCAUCGUUAGCCUCAUCCAUCUUUUGUUUUUCUCUAUGGUUGUGCAACACAGUCUCACACCCAACUCGUCGAACGAGGACGCAUGGUCCAGCCCCCUGGCGUCAAUAUCGGAAGCCGAAGGUGAGCUAAGGCGGGCUCAAGGACUCCAUACACAGAUAGAGCGUUCUGUUUGUCUAGGCUGGCCUGGAGCCUAGGGCAGGCUUGGCCUCAACGGUGCGACCCUAGACCAUCCCGCUAGGCAAAAAUAUUUUUGCCCGCUAGGGUGCGUCUAGAUUUCAAGGCUAUCUGAACUCUUCAUAUGAUUACAUUUCUAAUAUAUGUAAAACUAAUAAUUUUGGGAAGCUUUUGAUCCACUCUCUCGUGAUAUGUGUGUAAUAUCUGUGUACUAUACAACAGAGAGGAGGGGUGUGUAUUUAGAGAGGUGAUGUAGUUAUACUUAUUAAUCUCUGACUGGUUGUAAGGCAAGAUCAAACAAACUGUUUUCUAUCAAUAUGAGAUGGAAUCUUGAAAUAAAUAGAUAUAUCAUAUUCAUUUUAUUUUGAUUGUUUAUUUUAUAUUUACAUUAAUUGUACAGUGUGGUCGAUAGGUCUGUUCGCUUGCCAAUGUUAUGUAAGCACACCUAUAAUAAUAAUAAUAAAAAAAGCUUAUUCACUGUCUCUGCCAGAGAUGGAGAAGAUUAUACAGUACAUGUACUGUACAUACCCUUAUCAUCUCUGUGCAUGCAGUAACUCCUCAGUUACUGCACUGUUAGCAUAGCAAUAGCUUUGCUCCAACUAGCCUACAUGUAUAGCACCCAUACUGUAAGUGAUAUACAUCUUAUCUAACUCUGGGGGUGAUGGUGAAUAAGAUAGUUUCCCAAGUUUGGUGUGUUCCUUUAAGGUACAUCUCUACAUGAUGGAAAAUUGAUGGAAGCAUGAUGGAACACAUUUUAAUGUCUAUUCUAG